AUGCCGUUCGCUAUCAGUAUGCUCUGGUCGGCACCAGAGCUCAAUCCAUACAACAAAAAGGCCAGAUCCAUUCCUGUUCUGAACCCUAUCAACAAAUAUGGACGAGUGUUCCUCUUCUCCUGGUUGGGCUUCUUCAUUGCCUUUUGGUCAUGGUACGCGUUUCCGCCUCUGCUGAGUAAAAGUAUCAAGGCGGACAUGCACCUUUCCCAGGAUCAGAUCGCAAACUCCAACAUCGUUGCUCUAUGCGCCACACUAUUGGUCCGCUUCAUUGCAGGGCCCAUGUGCGAUCACUUUGGCCCUCGCAUCACUUUCGCGUCGUUGUUGUUUGCUGGUGCCAUCCCUACUGCUCUUGCAGGCACUGCGCACAACGCAACAGGCCUAUAUUUCAUUCGAUUUUUCGUCGGCAUUCUUGGAGGUACCUUCGUGCCCUGUCAGGUCUGGACUACUGGAUUUUAUGACAAAAACGUUGUUGGCUCGGCCAAUGCUUUGGUCGGUGGCUGGGGCAACUCUGGUGGUGGUAUCACAUACUUUGUCAUGCCUGCUAUCUAUGACUCUUUGAAGUCUAAUCAAGGCCUCUCUUCGCACGUCGCAUGGCGUGUGUCCUUCAUCGUUCCCUUCAUCAUGAUCAGCGCGUGUGCGCUCGCUCUCCUACUCUUGACCGAAGAUACACCCACCGGAAAGUGGUCGGAACGCGGUGUUACCGUCGUUAGCGGUGACCGGCCAAACCAAACCGGCCAGUCCGUCGUUCCUACUACAGGUGCUUUGGAUGACAAGCCCCCGACUGCCGCCUCUCUCUCUUCCAACGACGAAAAGAAGUAUGAAACCCCCGCUAAGCCUGAUACAGAUGUUGAAACCGCCCAUGGUGAUGUGCAGAUCAUGGACGAAGUUCAACACGAAGUCGUUGUCAAGCCUAGCUUUAAGGAAGGUUUGAAGGUUAUGUUCUCCCUCCAAACCGGCGCGCUUUGUGCAGGAUACUUCUGCUCAUUCGGUGGAGAGCUAGCUAUCAACUCUAUCCUUGGCGCCUACUAUCUCAAGAACUUCCCUUAUCUCGGACAGACACAGUCCGGUCGUUGGGCUGCCAUGUUUGGUCUUUUAAACGUCAUUACGCGCCCCCUUGGUGGCUUCAUUGCUGAUAUUCUUUACCAAGCCACUGGCCACAGCUUGUGGGCCAAGAAGCUCUGGAUCAACUUCGUUGGAAUCAUGACUGGUGUCAUGUGCAUCAUCAUUGGCAAGCUGGACCCUCACAAUUUGCCUGAGAUGAUUGGACUUAUUGCUCUCAUGGCGAUCUUCCUCGAGGCUGGCAACGGUGCCAAUUUUGCUUUGGUGCCACACGUCCACCCUCACGCUAAUGGUGUCCUUUCCGGAAUUGUCGGUGCAACUGGAAACUUUGGCGGCAUCAUCUUCGCCAUCAUCUUUCGUUACCACAAGACGAACUAUUCUCAGGUGUUCUGGAUUAUUGGUAUAAUGAUAAUCGCGCUGAACUGCGCUUUCAUCUGGGUCAGACCUAUCCCGAAGAACCAGAUUGGUGGCCGCUAA